GUAAACUGGUUCUGUUAGCAAGUGACAAAGACUAAAAAUGGGUGGAGCUGCAGCUUCAAAAGGAAGAUAAUGACCUACAAUUAAAAAGAUCCUGCAGUACACAGUGUGCCCACAGACCAACAAACGAACAAGAAGCAAAAGAUACAAGUGACAGCUGCUAAGUUCCUGAUUUUCUGAAAGAGAAGAUAAAAUGCAGAGCCAGGUGAAAGAUCAUGAAAAUUAUUUAAAAUCAUUUGAGAUGUUGGUGGCGAAUUCGAGGGAACACCAGUGCAUGAUAGAAUUUAUCCAUACAGUUCUUCCUGACAUCCUAGCCAGAAUUGGAGCAGGAAAAAACACCCUGAACAUGAUGGGACUGGGGAGCGGCUCAGGUGAGAUCGAUUUGGAAAUUCUUAAAGUGCUGCAUGAAAAGCACCCAGAUGCCAAAAUAGAGGUCGAGGUGGUUGAACCUAGCUACGCCAUGCUUAACAAGUAUAAAACUUUAUCGAAGAUGCCAGGCUUUGAUUAUGCCACCUUCAGUUGGAAUGAAAUUACAGCAGAAGACUUUGAGAACAAACUAAAGAAGGAAAACUCUAAUAAAAAAUUGCACUUGAUUAACAUGAUACAGAUGCUUUACUAUGUGAAGGAUCCAAAGGCCACACUUUCCUUCUACCAAAGUUUACUGCACAAAGGUGGCAAAGCCCUUGUCAUUCUGCUCUCAGAUGAGAGUGCAUGGGGCAGGUUUUUGAAAACCUUCCACAAUCAGCUGUACAAGGACGGAUUUGUUAAAUCUGUUACAUCCGGAGAUAUCAAGAGCUUUCUAAAUUCCAAAAAAAUUUCCUACCAAAACUACAAGCUCUGUUCCCUGUUAGACAUCACUCAGUGUUUCAUACCUGGAGAUGAAAAAGGAGAGGAGCUACUCAAUGUAGUGACUGAGGUAAUCGACUUCAGUAAGAACGCUCCUCCAGAGCUGAAGAAAGAGGUGCUGGAUUUCCUUAAAAAUCCAGAAAACUACCAAGAAGUGAACAACAGGAUCCUGUUCGAUUGCAGCACGGAGGCCUUAGUGAUCGACGCUUAGGUCCAGAGCUUACAGAUAUUCAGAAGGGAAAAGCACUUGUCUAACAGCUGGUAAAAAAAGAUGAGGAAUAAGAAAUUACUAUAAAUAUCUAAUCAGCUUUAUUAUUCAGCCUUUAAAUCCAUUACUCAUCUGAAUCCCCUGUUUUAUCUUUUGUACUUUAAUAAAUUAAAGAAUUUAGAAUAAAUGAGGGAGUUUGGGUUGAACAGUGAUGUAACAGUUCCAAUGAAAUGUCCAUUAAAGUAAAGUACAACAUU